AUGGCCCUUGUGGUCCUCAUGCUCACCUUGCUUCUCAGCCUCUUCGGACUGGGGUCAGGCCAGUGGCAGGUGAUGGGACCAGACAAGCCCGUCCAGGUUGUGGUUGGGGAAGAUGCAGUGUUCUCAUGCUUCCUCUCUCCUAAGACAAGCGCGGAGGCCAUGGAAGUGCGAUUCUUCAGAGAUGAGUUCCGGGCUGUGGUGCACCUGUACAGAGAGGGGAAAGACGAGCACCAUAUGCAGAUGCCGGCCUAUCAAGGGAGGACUGAAUUACUGAAGGACUCCAUAGCGGAGGGGCGUGUCUCCCUGAGACUGAAGAAGGUCACUCUCUCCGACACUGGUCUCUAUGGAUGCUGGUUCAGAUCCCAGAAUAAUGACCAGGAGGCCAUCUGGGAGCUACAGGUGUCAGCAUUGGGCUCAGCUCCUCUGGUUUCUGUCAUGGGAUAUGUGAAUGGAGGCAUCCAGCUACUCUGCAAGUCCUCAGGCUGGUUUCACCAACCCACAGUGAAGUGGAAAGACCCACAAGGACAUGAUUUGCCCUCAGACUCAAAGGUGAAUGCAGACAGAUGGGGUCUGUUUGAUGUGGAGACUUCCCUGAUAGUCCAAGAAAAUGCUGGGAUCACAUCAUGUUCAAUCCAGUACUCUGACCAGACCCCAGAGGUGGAAUCGAGGGUAUGGAUAAGAGGGAGAAUGCAGGCAGAAUUGGACUGGAGAAGGAAGCAUGCAGUGGCAGAACUGAGAGAGGCCCGGAAACAUGCAGUGGAGGUGACCCUGGACCCAGAGACAGCUCACCCCCAGCUCUACAUUUAUCAUCUGAAAGCUGUGUGCUAUAGGAACAUUGGCCAGGACGUGACCUACUCGGACAAGAGAUUUGCAAGCAAAUGUGUGGUGGCUUCUGAGGGAUUCCAGGCAGGAAAACAUUACUGGGAGGUGGACGUGGGACACAAUGUAAUGUGGUAUGUGGGAGUGUGCCAGGACAACGUGAACAGGAAUAUGAAAAAUGUGCAUUUGUCUCCCAACAAUGGGUACUGGGUGUUUGGACUGAAUAGGAAACAUGAGUAUGUCACAUUCAAAACCUGUAGAAUCACCCUCUCUCUGAGAACACCCCUUACACGAGUUGGGGUCUUCCUAGACUAUGAGGGUGGGACCAUCUCCUUCUACAAUGUAAAUGAUCAGUCCUUCAUUUAUAUGCUGACACAACAGUUUGAAGGGUUAUUGAGGCCCUACAUACAGCAUUAUGUGAAAAAGGAGACAAAAGUGACUCCCAUUGUGAUCUGCCCAGUUUCCCUGGGAUCAGAAGAAUCACUUUCUGACACAGACAACCUGGAGCCCACCCCACAGGUGACCACACCCUUCCUGUCCAG